GAAACAUAAGAUAACCACUAUGGUUAAGCUAUAUCUGUUUAUGUUUUUCUGCAUCCACGUUAAAGCCUUUCUAGACUACGAAGACCUCAACUACCGAGAUGUCAUCCUGAGGCACAUCCACGAUUUGGGAGAGAACCUUCACUUGAAAAUUUGCGCAAAAGAUUUUUGGUGUUACGAAAAGUCAGAAAAACUGGAAUUAAACACUCAAAUGAUGUCGAACAGUGAUGAAAUGAAUAUUACCUGCUUGUUUUGCUACAAUGCCAGGCUUGAACAUUUCAUUGAUGGAAUAACAGAUAAGAGGCAACAAAUCAAAUUUGUCCAAAUCUUUGCUGGUGAUGAGAAGUGCUAUUGGCUUAAAAAUGAAACACUUGUAGUAAAUAAUGGCUGCAACUGUUAGAAGAAUAAGCUUUCCAGAUCGAACCUUAAAUGGCUU